CCCAAUGGGAGCCUGCAAAUCGUGGUGCGUCCUUCUUUGUGACGAAGUCACUUACGAACCGGACUCAAAGCCAAAAAGUCCAUCGUCAUACGCGCUGAGAUUGCGGCCCACUGACGUCACAAUUCCAGACGCGCCAAUUUCAGAACUUUUACCUAACAACUUGAAGGUCGUAGCAACCUUGUGUUUUGUCUGCGUUUGCUCUUCGUUGUGUGAACACGGACUCCUGUUUCGGUGCACUUUUUCGUGCUCAGUUACAGUCAAUUCACGGAGAUUUUAUCCUGAGAGAUAUUUUCUUGAGUGAAAUUAUAAAGCGAAUCAAAAUGUUCAACUUUGCAGCAGCGUUUUCUGAGAGGAUCAGAUAUUCUCGUAGCACCAAAGUGGUGCGUUUCGUGCCGGAUGAUGAUGGGGGAAGUUCCCCGGAGCCAGCACACGGAGGCGGCGGUGAGAUCCCAAGGUGCCGAGAUGGCAACUCGCCUGCCUCCCUGGAUGAUGACUACGGUCUGACUUCAGCCAGGUGGAUCCAAUCCAGAGGUGAUACCGGGGUGAGAUCGACAAUCACAGGCCAGACUUCUGGCCAAGCCCCACUACAGGUAUCACAAGGCCGAGUCAGUGGUGAUUCUGCCCAAGAUCAGCAGAAUCCCAAUAAACCACAGGAGGGACUCCCUUUAAAGAGUCUUCUACCCCAUAAGAAGUUUUGGCGUUACCGACGCACCAAGGUCCGGCCGAUGGUCGCCAGUGUCUCCCGGUCGGCACAGCGGCCCCAUCUUGCUGCCGAAGACUCCGGAGAUGGCAUGCUACUGACAUCGCUAGCAGCCCCGUCUUCUUCGGAGAGAAGCCAGCAAAUUAUUGCACUGAAAUCUUGCCAAGCUACCACCGAUAUUGAUCUCCGGAGUUCAGGGUCCCCACUUGCUGCAAAGGAUAACCUAUCCCCGACCAUCAAACGCCGGCCAGAUCUCCCCAGCAAUUCAAAGUCCCAGCUGUCUUGGACAACGAGAUUGCGGAAUCUCUUUACAUCUAGAAAACACCGCAGUGCCACCGCCGUUGUGCCCUUUCAGGCAGCCGGAGCAUCGGCGGAAUGGCGACCCGACGAACUCAUGAACAAACCCAGCGCACCAGAGCCCAAGAGCGACAAGAGUGUAGCUCUGAAGACGAAGAUUGAUGAGAGGAGAUUUGAAGCAGACGGGGUAUCUCGAGUGCCUCACCACUGGCAGACCAGUGCCAACGUGACGACCAGGGCAACUUUACUCGACACUGCCCCUAUGCCGCUCCCAGGGGUACCCCAGUUUGACGGAGAGUGCCAGCACAGCUCACCCCCUGCUCCACGAAUCUGCUCCACCUCACCGCGGGAGUCACCCUCUUCUUCGGAACACAGUGUCUCCUCCAAGCCGUCCAUCCUAAGGCCUGCAUCCCGGCUGUCUUGUCAGCAAGGCGCAGUGAUGACGAGCGGAGAUAGAGCAUCCAAAGGAGGAGAUUCAAUCUUCAGCCCACCCAGUCCUCCGACAAGAGAUGAUCCACUUUCCUCUCCCUCUCUGCCAUCUUUGCGGCAAUCACGAGAAGCAGCAAGCGAGGAGGGAGAUGGAGCACUUGGAGACAGAAGAUCAAUUUCCAAACAGCCGCACCCACCUUCUCCUAAGAGUAAAGUAACACCUUCUUCUCAGGGCUCACUGUCUUCCAUUCAGAAGAAGCAAGAAGCUGUGGAGCAAGGUGGAAAUGGCACACCAACUACACGCGGGGGUCUAAUAUCAAAGCCCGCACUGGUUAAGUCCAAAAGAACUCCAGGUUUCCAGGAACAGAAAGGAGUUCAUGUCAGGAAACUUGAAAAGCACUAUUACCAGACUAUGUGGGCUAAUACUGAACAGUCAUUGAGCCAGCCACCACCGGUACAAAACAUGACACCCAACGUCACCAACGGCGUCAAAAUGAGAGAAAGGGCGUUAAAACGAGUGGAACAAGUCGCCCUGAAGAUUGACGUCUCUUUCAUCUACGCAAACCUCGAGGCUGCCAAGGUGACAUCUCCGCAGUGCCGCUGGGUUGAUGUCUUACAGCGCAUCAUCCAGCGUAGUCAGGAACUGCGCCAAAUGAGGCUUGAAAAGAAGCAAGUGCCGUACACCAGUGAAGAAAUCAGGGGUAUCGAACUAAACGCUUACAGAGCGCGGGAGAAACUGUACUUGCUGAAGCAGAUGAUUACAGCUGCUAGUUUUGUCCAAGCGCAACCUGGGGAAGAACGGAGACGAUUUUUUCACCAUAUCUGCAAUACGCCGCCCGAUUUGAAAAGGUCACAGGCAACGCUGUCUGAGAAAACCACUACUCAGACAUCGAAUGAACCUUCUCGUGCUCCCCGGAAGUGUGCUCCUGGUCAAAAUCAGGCUAUCUUGGCCAUCAUCUCCAAGGAAACUGCCUCUAAGAAUCCAAAGAGCAGAAUUUUGGAAAGAAAAGGACCAGCUACGGAGAUUGCUCCAAGUCGAGAACAGGGAACCGAGAGUCUCCAAAUCUCUCCUCUCCAAAUCUUCAAGAGGAUGACUCAUAAGAAGUUGAGGCGCUGCAUCAAAGAAAAGACCAUCAAAGCUCAGACGAGUGAUUCGAAUUCAAGACCUGCAUCACCCCUUACUACGCCCAAAUCUUGCAGUUCGGAGCAAAAAAAGAGCCUGCCACCGACAAUGCUGAGGAAGAGCUCCCCUGGGGCAUCAUCUCAAAUUCCGAGAAAGACUUCAAGUCCUAAUAACACUCCAUCUGGAUUAUCAACAAGGAAGUCCCCAAGCAAGACCAUGAGUGUUGCCAGCAUCUCCCCGUCAAAGACCACGCAUCCUAAAAUAGCACCAUCGUGUCUGAAGAAGAUCUUACCGGGCCAUUUGCAGGGCCCCUACCCAACUGUUGACUCAGGUGACUUGGAAUACGUCAUGACCAGUUCUGGGAGCAAGGUGGUCUUAGGACGUGGCGAUAACGGGGAGGUCUUACUGAUGCGUCGCCAUGGUGACGGUACACUCCUUGCUGUCAAGAAACUUUCCAAUAAUCGCUUCAGGAUCACGGUGGACAAACACAUGCUCCGAGAGGUUGCUGCUAUGCAAGCCGUGUCCAGCUGUCCCUUCUUUCCGAAGCUUUUCGGCGUGGUCGACAACAGCUCCUUCGCUCAGGAAUUCCUUGGGGACGAGAGCACCAACCUCGCCAUGGAUUUUGCCGCAGCACGGUUCAGCCACGGCCUGCUGACGGCACGCGAGUGGCUAAAUGUCUGUCGGGACGUCACAGAGGGCUUGAAGGUGUUACACCGUACCGGAUGGGUGCACAACGACCUGCACGUCGGCAAUGCCAUGCUGUGUAAGAGUCCACCGGGGUCAAAGAUUGGAUGGACGGCAAAGAUUAUUGACCUGGGGCUUGCCCACCCACUCCAAAAUCUUCCCCCUGCCUACAACCUGACUCAUGAAGAAAAGCAGUGUUACUACCAGAUGUGCAAACAGGUUGCCCCCGAGAUAGUCGAAGGCAAGACCCAGUUCUCCACCAAGUCAGACAUCUACAGCCUCGGCAAGCUGUUCAAGGACAUAGCCUACAACUCGAGUUCUCUGCAUGGCUUGCGACAUCUCGGCUUGGCGUGCAUGAUUCGCAACCCGGCUCACAGACCGACGCUGAAUACGGUCCUCAAGAAACUAGACGGUCUGUGUUCCAAGGUGGCGAAAUCCAAGCUACCUCCAUUGCCUCCACCUUAAAGAUGAGACCAUCCAUGCUUGUGUCGAAGUACAUCAACUCAUCAAUUAAUCUCAUCGUUGAAAUGUAUUUUGCAUAUGGGCAAACCUUUAUCCUGUGAGAGCAGGGGUGGAGAUAACAGCUCUUAUUUUUUCUGACAUCGUCACAAUGCAUGUUUUCUUUGCGUUAAGAAUCUAAAGUUUUUCCGGGAUUCUGUGAUCAUUUUGCUAGCAAAAUGUUAGGCAUGGGCCUUAUUAAAGAACUGACCAGGUUUUGGAAUGUGAGGUUUUCAGUAGAAGCCCCCCCCCCACAGUUAGGGAUGGAUUCUACAAAUAUGGCUCUUUUGGGACUAAGUAAAACACUGGAAAAGCGUGCUUUUGCUUUUUGCCAAAUCACGUCAGAAACCCAAACGUCAAGGGAUAUGCAUGUUUCAGUUAUGAUUUUUGCUCCACAUAUAAUUUAUGAGGGAAAAGUUUCUCCCAUUUUUGCUCUGUUUCACCGAAAUCAAUCUUUGCACGGUGUUUCAUUUAUCCUUGUGUUUCAUCGAGCGGUAGCGGUGACAGUGUUGAAGAAAACAGUGCCCCAUGCUGACCGACAACUUUAUUAAUUUUGUGUAAAGUGCCCGCCAAGUUUGUGCACCACAAUCUGCCAGUAAAAUGUAGGACUUAAAAUGUUUAAAUAUCUGAACUAUGCAAUCUAAUAUAAUUUUGAGAACAUUCAUCCCUGAUAACACUGAAAUGUACUUGAACUAAACAAGUUUGGAGACUAACUGAUUGUAAUGUGUUUAGACUCAACCUUACUUGACCCAGUUCAUUUGUCAAAUAUUUGUGUUGGCGUUUCCAUAACAGUUACAAAAUAACAGUUUAUUUUAUUUUUACAAACACAGACGGUAUCACUGGUAUUAAAGACCA